AUGGGUGUCAUUUCUAUGUGUAAAACACAGCCUUGUAGUGUAGAAAUUACGAAUUAUGCCGAUGCCAUCGUUGGUGUGUGUAAUACACAGGCCGGUGGUAACAGUUCACCUGUUACUCAAGGUGGUGGCAAUUGCCAAUAUUAUAACGCGAAUCAAUCUCCAAUGGCUGCUAUCGACGAUAUUUUAUCAACGAAAUACUUGAAUUUUGGUAGUGCGACAUCUUCUACAACUAGCCCGGUAGCAGGCGUUGGCACGGGCUUUUAUGUAACUCCAGUAAAUGGAGCCACGCUAUUAUCAGGCAUCGUCUUUGUGACAGCUGACGAUUAUCCUGCACGUGAUCCGCUAACCAUUACCGUUGAAGGUAGUAACAAUCUAUCAUCAUCAUUAACGCUAGGUUCGAGUUGGACUCUGAUGUACAAUGGUUCAACAGGUCUCGAUACAGAUCCAGGUCGAAAUACAUAUGGUAUCUUUCAAGCAAUAUCAGCGACCAUCAGUUACACGAGUUAUCGUGUGCUAAUUACAUCACAACGUGGAACAGAGGACUCUGUACAAUAUUCUGAAGCCCAUCUUAUUAGUUGCUCAAUUACAGGUACUGCUGAUGCCUCGAUGGCAUAUUAUUCAUUCGACAAUGGUUCAUUUUACGAUUCCGGUUCGCGUCAUAUUAAUGGUACUGGCUCUAAUGCUUGGUCUAUUGAUGGACGUCUGGGACAAGCUCUCAAUCUUGUGGUUAACCCCGCGUAUUUCACGGCAACCGGUUUCACGUGGUUGGGCGCAUCUAACCGAGCGUUUUCAAUUGCAUUAUGGAUUAACCCGGUUACGGUAACUGAUGGAGGCACGAUUAUUCAUGUUGGUUCAUACGCUAACGGAGGAGGAUGGUGUAUGCCCUUUAUCGGGUUUCAGUCUGGCGGCCAGAUCGUAACACAGCUUUAUAUUAUAUCCUACAUUGUUCAGAUUGUUGGUCCAGUGAUUUCGAUUAACAAGUGGACCCACAUUGUUCAAACUUACAGUCCUGGAAAUGGGAUGCGAAUGUAUAUAAAUGGUAUUUUGUUUAAUUCAACCGGUCCACUUGACCAGUUUCAGGGUGCGGCUGUGCCCAUGACCAUAUAUUUAGGGAAUCCAAGUGUUACGGGUUGUGUUACAGGAGCAAUACUAGAGAAACAAGUUUAUGGAGCAUUCGAUGAGUUUUACGUGUAUUCUAGAGAAUUAACACUAACACAGCCUUGUAGUGUAGAAAUUACGAAUUAUGCCGAUGCCAUCGUUGGUGUGUGUAAUACACAGGCCGGUGGUAACAGUUCACCUGUUACUCAAGGUGGUGGCAAUUGCCAAUAUUAUAACGCGAAUCAAUCUCCAAUGGCUGCUAUCGACGAUAUUUUAUCAACGAAAUACUUGAAUUUUGGUAGUGCGACAUCUUCUACAACUAGCCCGGUAGCAGGCGUUGGCACGGGCUUUUAUGUAACUCCAGUAAAUGGAGCCACGCUAUUAUCAGGCAUCGUCUUUGUGACAGCUGACGAUUAUCCUGCACGUGAUCCGCUAACCAUUACCGUUGAAGGUAGUAACAAUCUAUCAUCAUCAUUAACGCUAGGUUCGAGUUGGACUCUGAUGUACAAUGGUUCAACAGGUCUCGAUACAGAUCCAGGUCGAAAUACAUAUGGUAUCUUUCAAGCAAUAUCAGCGACCAUCAGUUACACGAGUUAUCGUGUGCUAAUUACAUCACAACGUGGAACAGAGGACUCUGUACAAUAUUCUGAAGCCCAUCUUAUUAGUUGCUCAAUUACAGGUACUGCUGAUGCCUCGAUGGCAUAUUAUUCAUUCGACAAUGGUUCAUUUUACGAUUCCGGUUCGCGUCAUAUUAAUGGUACUGGCUCUAAUGCUUGGUCUAUUGAUGGACGUCUGGGACAAGCUCUCAAUCUUGUGGUUAACCCCGCGUAUUUCACGGCAACCGGUUUCACGUGGUUGGGCGCAUCUAACCGAGCGUUUUCAAUUGCAUUAUGGAUUAACCCGGUUACGGUAACUGAUGGAGGCACGAUUAUUCAUGUUGGUUCAUACGCUAACGGAGGAGGAUGGUGUAUGCCCUUUAUCGGGUUUCAGUCUGGCGGCCAGAUCGUAACACAGCUUUAUAUUAUAUCCUACAUUGUUCAGAUUGUUGGUCCAGUGAUUUCGAUUAACAAGUGGACCCACAUUGUUCAAACUUACAGUCCUGGAAAUGGGAUGCGAAUGUAUAUAAAUGGUAUUUUGUUUAAUUCAACCGGUCCACUUGACCAGUUUCAGGGUGCGGCUGUGCCCAUGACCAUAUAUUUAGGGAAUCCAAGUGUUACGGGUUGUGUUACAGGAGCAAUACUAGAGAAACAAGUUUAUGGAGCAUUCGAUGAGUUUUACGUGUAUUCUAGAGAAUUAACACUAACAAGUGCUAAUGUAAUAACAAUACCAGGGGAUUCGAUCGUCGCUGUUUGUAACACAUUGGCUGGCAGUAAUAGUCAAUCAGUAUCACAGGGCAAUGGUCAGUGUCAAUAUCCGACAGCUCAAGGUCCUGGAAAUGUAAUAGAUCGAGCUCUUUCACCAACUUAUUUAAAUUUUGGCCAAGGAAUCUCUAGUACAACAAGUGCAACACAAGGUGUUGGCACUGGUUUCUAUGUGACGCCAUCGAUUGGAGCAACUCUUUUAACCGGAGUACAAUUUUUGACGGGUGUUGAUAUACCUGCAAGAGACCCUUUAACAAUCACGAUCGAAGGAAGCAAUUCCCUCAGUUCAUCGUUACCGUUGGGUUCAAGUUGGACACUAAUUUAUUCCGGACCUAGUGGUCUUUCGACAGAUCCUGGACGCAUAGCAUUCGGCCCGAUACAAAUCGUAUCAUCAAACGUGCGUUAUACGAGUUAUCGUCUAUUAAUAACAUCACAACGUUCAAUAGCGAAUUCCGUUCAAUAUGGUGAAGUUUUUCUACUAGGAACACCGUAA